AUGCGCGAAGCGGACGAAGUACAUCGCCAUCAAGCGGAGCUCCAGAAUUGGCCCCUCUCUGCACUUUUGAAGCAUGGUGGGGUGACAGACCAGCCCCUUAAACCCCAUGGCAGACGUUACCUCCCUCAUGGGCACGGACAAGAAGCGGUCUACAGGCCACACAUACAGCACAUUGAGCCUAACCUCACAGAGUGUGACCUUGACUGGAAGUCACGCCUGCGCUGGCUACCUCAACCCCGCUACAGCGACGCCCCCUUUCCGGAAAUCAAAAUGAUUCGGUUCCCGAGUGAAACCAGGCUGCUGAGGUCAUUUCCACAUGCUAACAUGGUGUCUCAGUCUGAAUGGACGUUUUAUCCCAACUUUGGACAGCCUUCAACUUACCAUGUGGGCAAAAGGUGCAAAAUUGAUGGGACUCACCACUAUAGAAGCUUGCAGAGUUCUUCUGAAAGGACUUUAGAGUUCAUGCUUGGCAGAAAAAAGCAGGUGAAGUCUUAUUGCAGCAUGGCUGCUGGCACAACACCCUGCAUUUCUCCAGAGUACAGCGCUGACUUUUACAAAUACGGAUCUUCAUUGCCAACUGUAGGUUUUGGGUCAUCCGCAACAUUAAAGGGAGACACAUUCAUUCCUCUCCAGGGUCUGACUGUUCCCCCAGGUAUGACCUACCCACAGAAAAAGCAGCUGAAUGAGCGAGAAGCGGACAUCGUGGAAGUGAGGAAGCUGGAUGAUUGGAGGCCAGCAAUGCCCAUCUCUGUGUCCCUUUUUGACAGCAGACAAGCUAAACACUUGAAAUCCGACACCUUAAGGAAAACAUUGCUGGGGGCAAAGCACCACUCUUCUGUAUUGCACAGAACUAUGAAAGAAUGGUGGCCCUAA